AUGAAGAGCCUUGCAAAGCUCUUUGGACGUUUUCGAAUGAAUCGAGAGCUCCACUUGCUCGAGGCCCAUGAAAUUGUGGCACUCUUGAAAGCUGGCUCAGUGUCUCCACUGGAGCUGAUCGACGUUGUCGAAGAACGAAUCAAGGCAACCGAUGACUUGGUCCAUGACACUCACGCUGUGGAAGGCGUGCGUUUUACCGAAGGUUCGCUGCUUUACGCUGAGCGGAUAGCUGAGACCAACGCAUCUGUGGUGUCACAGCUGGAAGCGAACGGUGCCAUCAUCGUUGGAAAAACCAACGUCCCUGAGUUUUGUGCAGGUUCUCAGAGCUUCAACUCGCUCUUUCCCACCACUGUCUCGCCUUGGGACACUCGUACAACAGCUGGUGGAAGCAGUGGAGGUUCUGCAGCUGCACUGGCCAGUUAUCAGUGUUGGUUGGCCACGGGCACAGAUCUCGGUGGCUCUCUACGGAUGCCGGCAGCCUUCUGCGGCUGUGUCGGUUUCCGUGUGUCGCCAGGUCGAACACCAACAGCUGUUGGUGGGCCAAUGUUGGGUCUUCAUUCAAUCACCGGGCCGAUGGGGCGCUCUGUCCGAGAUGUGGGAUUGUUCUUAGAUGCCAUGGCAUCCAGAGACGGUUGGGACGUGGAUCUUCCAAGUGAAGCCUUUGAGGAAGCGGCGGUGUCGGGUCAAGAACAAGGUCUCAAAGCUUUGGGGCUGAAAGUUGGAUUUUCCACUUUGGGCUACAAAUAUGCUCCAGAGGUGGAAUCUUUGUGCCGGAGCGCCGCACAUCUACUGAACAACGAAUCUGAGGUUCAAGAAGUUGGUGAAGACAAACUGGAUUCCCCGAUGGCUGAGCGCAUUUUUCAUGCACUACGUGCAGAGCAAUUUGCAGAGACUUUUGGGGAGAAGCUCGAAAAUCCAGACCAGGCUGCUUUGUUGAAGCCAGAGAUCCGUUGGAAUAUCCAGCAAGGCCAAGGACUUGAGUGCCGUCAGGCGGACGAGGCCCGCGAGGAUCUCAAACUGCUCCAUGGGCAGCUGCAGGAGAUGUUCCAAUCCAUCGAUGUUCUCUGCGUACCAGCUACACUGGAUGCAGCUAUUGAUGCCACAGUGCGAUACCCCACGAAGCAGCUUGGUCAAUGCUUUACUAACUAUCUUGGUUGGAUGAUGCCCACAGCCAUUGUGAGUGUGUUCUCAUGUCCAGCGAUAGUGCUGCCCUGCGGCUUCUUGGAGGACGGGCGCCCAGUAGGUUUGCAGCUGCUGGCGCCUUUUGGUGCUGAUGCUGCGGUGCUGCGGGCGGCCGCAGCGCUGGAAGCGCGGUUGGCGCUUCCCAAAGGGACCACGCCUCGGCCAGGGACUGGAAAGCUGAACACAGAAGGGCCAAGGACCUCUGAGGAGGCGGCCCAACACCAUGGGCUUGGACAGUAA